AUGCAAGAGUCUGAAUCAAUCGAGUUUUAUUGCGUUGCAGAAAACAAAGGUGGUAACGCGGAAGCCAACUUCACGGUCCAUGUUUCCCAGAUGGCAGCAGGAAUGGCGUCAUUAGGCAGCGCACAAAUAGCGAGCCUGGGAGCCGCGCUGUUUUUGCUUAUUGUUGUAAUUUCUCUCGGCUUACUUAUAACAUUUGUGCGGUUUCGACCUUCGCCGUCUUGUGAAAGUAAGACUCCGAAUACUCUUGAUAGAGUUGUCUCGGGAAACGAAGUACACCCGGCGGCGAAUGAUCGGCCGCACGUGGCUGUUAUGGCGAACAGGCAGGCAUCGCCCAAUUAUAAUGACGUUAAGUGCAACCCGGUCGUAAAACCGCCAAGAGUCGGUGACAUGCCUUAUACAACCAACCAUUACGAAGGACGGGGCAGUAUUGUGACCGCAGGUGGACCUGUAAUGGUUUCACCAACGAUUUCUGCCGGAAUCGACCCCGACCUGAUCAAUGACACCAGACCUGAAAGCGCUACUAGACCAGGGAGCGGUGAAUACGCCCGGGAAACUUCCGACUCACUAUAUCCUUCAGGUCUAUGGGAACAGAUGAAAAUGAAUCAGGCAAGCAGUUUAGCUAGAGCGGUCAGCUCUGCGAUUCCGAACUAUUACACAGAUAGAACGCCCAUCAUCGAAAAUUCCAGCGUGAACGGUUCCCAGGAGGAACUGGGCUAUAUGAGCAGGACAUUUCCGCGUUCACAUGCUGUGGCAGCAGUUACGACGGUACCGAUAGAUGCAUCCUAUCCUCCAGAUUAUGGCUUACCCGCCGGGACAGGCCCGCGAACCCUUCGAGUGUGGCAGCGUGCCCCACCUGUUUUACCACCAGUCUCGGCAUUAAAGCGCGUUCUUACUAUAACCAGACCCUCGACGGAAGAUGGAUUUAACGAUGGCUGUGCCACAGAUGUU